GCUUGGGUCCACUGGUACUGCUUUAACAAUAAAUCGCUUCCGGUCGAAGAACGCUUUGGAGGAACUACCUCCAGUGACCUGAACAUUAAAGAGGACAAAGAGAAAAAAACCAAAUGGAUGAGAUAAGAAAUUCAGUAAAAGAUCCUACUGAAGUUAAAAAUGCAUUGGCCAAAUAUUUAGAGCUCUUCACAUCUCAUAGUGAUUUUUUUAAGUUUUACAUAGCACAAAAUGGUGUUCUUGAGUGGUUUGGAAGAACAAUUAAGGGAAACCUUAAAAUCCACGACUAUUUAAGAUAUGAAGUGUGUUCUCAGUACGAUCAUCUAUUUUUUGAAAAUGCUGAAGUAUGCGAUUCUAUUGAGUGUAAACCUACACACAUGGAAACAAAAUCAUAUCCAACAAAAAUCGAGAAGAAUUUAAACGAUAGCUCAUUCACUAUGGAACAAAAUAGUUCAAUCGAAGAGAUCUCAAUGUCGGUUGAUGUAGAAUUAACAGCUAAAGAUCGUCGUGGAUCAAUAACUCCACCAUCAAGUGCAAAACGAUUCAAAUCUAAUACUUCUGUCGAUGAACUGAAUCAAAGCAUUCCCCCAAUGUUAAAUAUUGAAGAUUAUUUUGAUAAAAAAGACAACAAUGUCAAAUUAAUUGUUCCGCGGCCAACGUCAACUCAAAACUGCUUUAAAACACCUGAAUCCACAGUUAUAUCGAAUAAUACUACAAAUUCCGAGGUUAAAUAUAGUGAAUUGAAAUAUUUUGAAGCUAUUGGAAUUCUAAGAUCUUCGGUACAACCUGAACAUAAGGGUUUUCGAAAUUCAAGCACAUUAAAUGCCAAUGGAAGCUGGGAUCGUGAAACGAAAAUACAAAUUUCCUAUAGAACUCGAUUGGAUGAUAAUGAUGUUCAAUUCGCUUUAAUAAUUUAUACAAAUUUACAUCCAUAUAGUGCACUCUCCAGGAGGAAUCUCAUGACGGAAUUCGAUGAAGUUGCUACACACAAAAGACUGGCUGAAGAAAGCAAAAAAAGAUCUUCAACAAACGCACAAAAGGAAAAGCGUAAAAUCGGGCGUAGACUAAGAUUAUUCUGAAAUGCAUUUAUUUUUUUAAUAUUUAAUUUAUUUUUACCAACAUAUUUUGGUAUUUGGUUAAGUUAUUAAUAAAAACAAUAAUGUUAAUUUUUAAAACAAUGAAAAUAUUUUUUUUUUGUAAGUAAGACA